ACGAGAGCGUGGACAGCAGCGAUGGCGACGCCGUCAACGAGUUCUUCCCGACCGACAUGAUGGCGGAGUUGGCGGAGGAGGAGGAGGACGAGGACGAGGAGGGCGGAGGCACCGCCACGCCCCCCGAGGACGACCUCGAGGGAGCCGUGCGCCCGCUCGCCUGGGACCAGCGGCCGGGCGAGAGGAAGCGGCGGAAGCUGCCCGAGAUUCCCAAGAACAAGAAAUCGUUCAGCACGGCGAGCAUCCUGGCCCUGCGGACGCCCAACCUGGCGGAGGAGCUGCAGGAGGCCGAGUCAGGCGUCGCCUCCAGGAGCUCCACGCCCGACGCCCUCACGCUCAUCAACAAUCACUCCAGGCCCAUCCUCGUCCUCAAGUGCCACUCCUAUAUCAGAGAUGACAGCAGUAGCCCAGACUCCGAACUCCGACUCCCGAUUAACACUGACAUCGACUCCGGAAACUCGACCCAGCACUCUCCCGAUGGCGCCAAGUCCAUGUCACCGCAGGCCACCGUUAAUGGUUCCCUCUCCCCGAUGUCCCCCGCAUCAGGAGGCAUUCCCUUCCCCCAGCUGGAGCUCCUGGAGGCCACGCACCGGGGGCUCUACCGCUUCAUCCCGAGGCAUCAUGACGAGGUGGAGAUCGAGAUCGGAGACCCUAUCUACGUGCAGAAGGAGGCGGAUGACCUCUGGUGUGAAGGAGUGAACCUACGAACAGGUCGACAGGGAAUCUUCCCAGCUGCCCACGUGACCGAUGUGGACUACUCGGACUUCGACCCCACAGUACCCAAGGUCAAGAAGGAGAGGUACCUUCUGAACUACCUUGGCUCCAUAGAGACACUUUGUCACAAGGGCAACCAGGUGUUGUGCCAGGCAGUGAGGAAGAUUGCAGGAGACAAGGGGUCGGCACAGCAUCCUCAUCCUUGCAUUCUCGAGGUGUCAGAUCAGGGCAUAAGGAUGGUCGACAAGAGCAAACCAGCUCCUAAUCAUGUCCCCUGCCACGACUACUUCUACCACCUGAAGCACGUCUCCUUCUGCGCCUUCCACCCUAAGGACCAUCGUUACUUUGGUUUCAUUACCAAACACCCAACCAUUCAGCGCUUUGCUUGCCAUGUCUUCAGGAGCAACACAAGCACGAGGCCAGUCGCAGAAGCAGUAGGACGAGCAUUCCAAAGAUUUUACCAGAAGUUCAUCGAGACCGCCUACCCGAUUGAAGACAUCUACUUAGAAUGACUCAAAGAAGAAGUAGACAGCUGCAGCAAGAAAAAGGACACAUGACAACACAGUAUAUUUUUAAACAAAAGGGAAAAUUUUAAGUUCAUAUGGAUUAAAUUCAACUACUGAUUGACAUAUUUUCAUUCUUGGUGUAUGAUGAUUAAGUACUUGUAUGUUCAUGUUUUUGAAUAGAUGUGUGUCUGCAUAUGAAGAUGCAUAAUAGAAUAUAUGGUUAUAAAAAGAGAGAGAAAGGGAGAGAGAGAGAGAAAAAAAAGGGACUGGGGCACAUUCCAUUCCAUUAUUUUAAUAUGGUAGUUACUUUGACAGCUAAUUUGGAAAAGAAAAAAAAUUCUUGCUGGUCAGAACUACAUGAGUAGAUAUAUAUUUAAUAUGUUUAUUAAAGAAGCACACAAGUGUAGCAUUUCUACAUAUUAUAAUGUUUUAUGUGGUGUGUUACACUAUGCAUAAAAAAGAGUGCCCAUCCUUAUCUAAAAAAUUUUGACUGCCGUUGCACAUGCAAUCAAGUACAUGAUGAUUUGCACCAUGGAGAGUAUGUCAAGAGUAUUUGCUAGUUACUUUUCACGAAUAUAGAAUCAUAUCACAGAUAUAUUUUUCUUUCCAAAUGUCUUAGUUUUAUGGUUUUAUUUUUACACAUGAAGGAGUGAGUGUGGCUCACAGUGCCAAAAAAUAGAAGUUGUGAGUAAUUUCUUUUAUAUUUACUCACAGAAUGUAGGUUUCUGAAGCUGUCUGCUGUCUUUUUGAAAUCCACGAAGAUGUUACUUUCAAUUAAGAGAAGAGUUAUCAUCUUUUUGCAAACAAAAAAAGGAGAGGAAGGAGUUUAUUGCAUCAAAGCACAGAUACAAAGUUAUGAUAGUGUAAUGACAAUAUUUACAUUAUGGAGUUCAUUAUCAUCCUGGAAAUGUGAAACCUGUAGCAUUACCGAUAAUGUACGACAUACAAGAAUAGCUGUAAUAUGAAAAUUAAUCCAGGAGGAAAGUAAUAACUUCUUUCUGGUAAUAUGAAACAAACGUAAUAAUUAAGCUUGUAAUAAUUUUCAUUGCAGCCAUUCUUGUCGAAAGAAAACGGUGUAACCAGGCAUGUAUAUAUGUAACGUAUAAUUAAUGUCAUCACUCUGAAAAUCAGUGAGGCAUAUUUUUUUUUCUUAUUCCGAAAACUGUGCUUUAUUUAUUCAUUUACAAAAAUACUUAUACGAGACUCAUAUCUCCCUCCUUCGCUGUAACUCAAAAGUGCUGCUCUCUUGAUGAUAUUUUUCUCUUAAAUACUAACAAAAAAAAAAAAAAAAUUCAAGGUACUCUCAAUUUUAGAGGAAUGUACCAGAAAAUGUGACGGUUGCUGAUGAUAAUAUUCCAAAUAGCAAAUAAAAAAGGAGAAAAAUUCAGGAAGGAGAGAGAGAGAGUCCCCAUACGUGUGUGUCGUCUACAUCAUUAUCACACAGCUGGUCGACCUCAGGCAAAACGCGUUCUGUCGUGUUCCUCUCGGCGGGGAACAGCAUCAGCAUGACAAUGUGUGCAGCAUCAUUUCAUUCUCUGAUCCCAGUGAGAGUGAAAAGAAAGUUGUUCUAUACUUUUACCUUUGAAUCUCCCACCUACAGCAAAUGGAAAUAGUUUUCAAAGCGAAUUUGUAAACUAUAAAGGGAGGAAAAGAAGAAGAGAAAAAAAUGAAAUUACAUGCAUGAAAACAUAUGAAAUUUGUCAGUGUGAUGUAUCUUUAAUUGCUGUAGGUUAAUCAUUGUAAUAGUCCAAAUUUACACUUGAUUUUACGCAAAUCUGGCGAACAUACACAUGGGCAUUUUGAUCUUUUACAGAAAAUUAGAUAUGUGAAAAGAGCUUUAGAUUCUUAUUUCUAUUUUUUUCUCCCCUUUUCAUAAUCAUAGUGAUUAGUAGGUGUAUCUGAUCACUCUAGCCCUUCUCAUUCCCAGACUUGUUCAUUAUUCAUCAACCUUGUAAAAUAAAAUCCUUCUAAACUUUGCCUUUACCUUCCAUACGGUACUUUUCAUAUGUAUAUAUGUAAAUUCCAUUUACUGUAAUGUAAUUUAAGAUUUGGCUCUUUUCAGCAAAAAGAAAGGUAUUUUAGGAGCAGUAAAACAGUUGUACAGUAUACCUGUACUUUUCUGAAAGUGUCAUAGAAUCCUUUUUCUAAGAAAAAAUAAUCAUCCAAAUAUUUAUAUUUCUUUUGUUAUAAAUUAGAAUGUUUUUUGUCUUGUAAUCCUGUACAAUAUGAGUGUCCUUGAAUAGUGAACAGCUGCGAGUCCGAGUCUGAUAUGAUAUAUGAAACAUUGAUUUUUUCUCUCUCUUUUUUGGGUCUAUUUUGGCCCCAACACUGGAAUACUGUUAAAAUGUACAUUAUGGUAUUUCGGAAAUCCAAAUUGCAUGAGACUGAAAAAAAGAUGAAAAAUGUAGUUACAUUUAUAAAAAUCUUUUGAAUUUCAUAAAUGCUUUACAGUGUAUGAAAAAAAGGUGGUAUUGUUUAUGAUCGAGCAAAAGGACAAGUAUAUCAAUCCCAUUCGUAUUCAUAUAUACGGGUGAUUUGGACAGUGUCAGACAUAGGCAUUGCAACAGGCACCAAAUUGACAAUAAAUAAAAAUAUAAAAAUGUAAAAAAAAAAAAGCCAUUUUGGUGGUAUGGCUAUGUAAUUAGGCUUUUGAUUAGAACCAGAAUUGCUCAUUCACCAGUACUCUAAAUAAUGUUUAAGUGCACUAAAAAAAAGAAAAAAAAAAGUCUGUCAGCCAUGUUGAAGAGAGCCUGCCUCCCAUGCUUCUCACAUGUAAAUGUAUCAGUGAUAAUAAACACUGAUUUCUACAAAGACUGGCAAUGGCACAGUUAGUCCUUUGGAGUUCUAUGGUUAAGCACUCCUGACUGGUUGAUUUUAUGGAAUUUAUCACUUUAUUAAAUAAGAAAAAAAUAAUAAUCCUAUGUUAAAAAAGAUAAUCUUAUCUGUUGCAUAAUAAUUCUAUAGUAAUUUUUAACAUGUCUUACUUUCUAGCUCAGUACUUUCAUGUCUCAAUGUAAUUCAAAACAGCCAGUCAGGUCCCUUUGACGUAUGGGCACCUAACCGACACCGCCUUUGCCAGACUAGUAGCAUAAUUUCCUUGUUACUAUCAGAUGCUUCUUUGUAAUAUUGGAAAUACACUUAAAAAAAAAAAAACAGGAUUGUUGUGCGUGAUAAUUUUUAUUUACAAGUUAUGUAUGUCAUUGAAGAAGUAAUGAGCAACUGUUUAUUUUUCUUUUUUCUUUUCUUUUUUUUAAAUCGGUUCAUUCUUGUGUGUAAAAAAGAAAAAAAAAAACUUUUCUCCUACUAAGAUUAUUUCCUUUCAUGUUUCUUUAAUCACCUAUGGAGGAAUAAUAUAAUGUUAGGUAAAUAAACAUAAUUAUCCUAUUCUCAAUUCAGAUUCUCUGUGAGAUAUCUGAGACAAUUCAAAGGCCGCACCAGUUUCCAGGCGAGUGGAGAUGUCAAUGGAGAGAGACUGUUGCCAGUCACUUAAGGUAUCUAACCUCAUGUAGUGUCUAUUAACUGUCAUCUGUGUUUAUGAUUAUGACAAAAAUAAAAAAAAAUCACUGUAAAGAAAGGUCAUGCACAAAGAUAAAGUUUUGGCAUACUUUCAUAGUCUGUAUAGUAUGUUACUUCCUGUAUGGUAUAAACUUAAAAAUAAUAAAGGAAUAUCAUAUAUUGAUCACAUAUUAUCAUGUAGUACUUCUCAUUGGUGAUAUAGCGACAGUAUAGAAAAGAAAAAAAAAUGUAUUGCUUUCAUAUCAAGAAAGAAAAUGAUGUACAAUGAACUAAAUGGUGAAUUUUUUUUUAGAAAGGAAAGAAAAAAGAAGACACAUCAGUUCAGCUAUUUCUUUUUUUAUUAAUUAGACAUAUA